CCCCCCAGGCCUGCGAUGUUCCCAGCCCAGCGAGAGCUGCAUGAAUGGCGGGAAGUGUGAAGUGUCCCCGAACGGCACGGAAGCCUGUGUCUGCAGCGGGGCCUUCGCGGGCCAGCGAUGCCAGGCGCCCAACCCCUGCCUCAGCGCCCCCUGCAAGAACGGCGGGACGUGCCACGCGGUGGAGCGCAGCGGCCUGGUGGACUACGCCUGCACCUGCCGCCUGGGCUUCUCCGGGCCCCUCUGCCUGACGCCCCAGGACCACGCCUGCCUCGCCAACCCCUGCCGCAACGGCGGCACCUGCGACCUGCUCACGCUGACCGAGUACAAGUGCCGCUGCCCCCCGGGCUGGUCUGGGAAGAUGUGCCAGCAGGCCGACCCGUGCGCCUCCAACCCGUGUGCCAACGGCGGCCAGUGCCUGCCCUUCGAGGCCUCGUACAUCUGCGGCUGCCCGCCCGGCUUCCACGGCCCCACCUGCAGGCAGGACGUCAACGAGUGCAGCCAGAGCCCCGGACUCUGCCGCCACGGGGGCACUUGUCACAACGAGGUCGGCUCCUACCGCUGCGCCUGCCGUGCCUCCCACACCGGCCCCCACUGCGAGCUGCCGUACGUGCCCUGCAGCCCCUCGCCCUGCCAGAACGGGGGCACCUGCCGCCCCACGGGGGACACCACCCACGAGUGCGCCUGCCUGCCAGGCUUCACCGGCCAGAACUGCCAGGAGAAUUUCGACGACUGCCCCGGAAGCAGCUGCGAGAACGGAGGCACCUGUGUGGACGGCGUGAACACUUACAACUGCCGCUGCCCGCCUGAGUGGACAGGCCAGUACUGCACAGAGGACGUGGAUGAAUGCCAGCUGAUGCCCAACGCCUGCCAGAACGGCGGCACCUGCCACAACACCCACGGCGGCUACAACUGCGUGUGUGUCAACGGCUGGACUGGGGAGGACUGCGGCGAGAACGUGGACGACUGCGCCAGCGCCGCCUGCUUCCACGGCGCCACUUGCCACGACCGCGUGGCCUCCUUCUACUGCGAGUGUCCUCACGGCCGCACAGGCCUGCUCUGCCACCUCAACGACGCCUGCAUCAGCAACCCUUGCAACGAGGGCUCCAACUGUGACACCAACCCCGUCAACGGCAAGGCCAUCUGCACCUGCCCCUCGGGGUACACGGGCCCGGCCUGCAGCCAGGACGUGGACGAGUGCUCGCUGGGCGCCAACCCCUGUGAGCACGCGGGCAAGUGCAUCAACACGCUGGGCUCCUUCGAGUGCCAGUGUCUGCAGGGCUACACGGGCCCCCGCUGCGAGGUCGACGUCAACGAGUGCAUCUCGAACCCGUGUCAGAACGACGCCACCUGCCUGGACCAGAUCGGGGGGUUCCAGUGCAUCUGCAUGCCCGGCUACGAGGGUGUGCACUGUGAAGUGAACACGGACGAGUGUGCCAGCAGCCCCUGCCUGCAGAGCGGCCGCUGCGUGGACAAAAUCAAUGAGUUCCUGUGCGAGUGCCCCACAGGCUUCACGGGGCAUCUGUGUCAGUAUGAUGUGGACGAGUGUGCGAGCACGCCCUGCAAGAACGGCGCCAAGUGCCUGGACGGGCCCAACACCUACACCUGCGUGUGCUCGGAAGGCUACACAGGGCCGCACUGCGAGGUGGACAUUGACGAGUGUGACCCUGACCCUUGCCACUACGGGUCGUGCAAGGACGGGGUUGCCACCUUCACCUGCCUGUGCCGGCCGGGCUACACGGGCCACCACUGUGAGACCAAUGUCAACGAGUGUCACAGUCAGCCCUGCCGUCACGGCGGCACCUGCCAGGACCGUGACAAUGCCUACCUGUGCCUCUGCCUCAAGGGGACCACAGGACCCAACUGUGAGACCAACCUGGAUGACUGUGCCAGCAGCCCCUGUGACUCGGGCACGUGUCUGGACAAGAUCGACGGUUACGAGUGUGCAUGUGAGCCGGGCUACACAGGGAGCAUGUGCAACGUCAACAUCGACGAGUGUGCGGCCAACCCCUGCCACCACGGAGGCACCUGUGAGGACGGCAUCAACAGCUUCACCUGCCGCUGCCCCGAGGGCUACCACGGCCCCACGUGCCUGUCCGAGGUCAACGAGUGCAGCAGCAACCCCUGCGUCCACGGCGCCUGCCGGGACAGCCUCAACGGGUACAAGUGUGACUGUGACCCCGGGUGGAGCGGGGCCAACUGUGACGUCAACAACAACGAGUGUGAGUCCAACCCCUGUGCCAACGGGGGCGCCUGCAGGGACAUGACCAGCGGCUACGUGUGCACCUGCCGCGAGGGCUUCAGCGGUCCCAACUGCCAAACCAACAUCAACGAGUGUGCGUCUAACCCGUGCCUGAACCAGGGCUCCUGCAUCGAUGACGUGGCUGGGUACACGUGCAACUGCCCGCUGCCCUACACAGGAGCCACGUGUGAGGUGGUGCUGGCCCCGUGCGCCCCCGGCCCCUGCAGGAACGGGGGCGAGUGCCAGGAGUCCGAGGACUUCGAGAGCUUCUCGUGCGUCUGUCCCGCGGGCUGGCAAGGACAGACCUGCGAGGUCGACAUCAACGAGUGUGUGAAGAGUCCGUGCCGCCAUGGCGCCUCCUGCCAGAACACGAACGGCGGCUACCGCUGCCGCUGCCGCGCCGGCUACACGGGGCCCAACUGCGAGACGGACAUCGACGACUGCCGACCGAACCCGUGCCACAACGGCGGCUCCUGCACGGACGGCAUUAACGCGGCUUUCUGCGACUGCCUGCCGGGCUUCCGGGGACCCUUCUGCGAGGAGGACAUCAACGAGUGUGCCAGCAACCCCUGCCGCCACGGGGCCAACUGCACCGACUGCGUGGACAGCUACACCUGCACCUGCCCUGCAGGCUUCAGCGGGAUCCACUGCGAGAACAACACGCCCGACUGCACAGAGAGCUCCUGUUUCAAUGGUGGCACCUGCGUGGACGGCAUCAACUCCUUCACCUGCGUGUGUCCGCCUGGCUUCACGGGCAGCUACUGCCAGCACGACAUCAACGAGUGUGACUCCCGGCCCUGCCUGCACGGCGGCACCUGCCAGGACAGCUACGGGACCUACAAGUGCACCUGCCCGCAGGGCUACACGGGCCUCAACUGCCAGAACCUGGUGCGCUGGUGUGACUCCUCGCCGUGCAGGAACGGCGGCAAGUGCUGGCAGACCAGCACCCUGUACCGCUGCGAGUGCCACAGCGGCUGGACCGGCCUCCACUGCGACGUGCCCAACGUGUCCUGCGAGGUGGCCGCGCAGCGACAAGACAUCAACGUCACCCACCUGUGCCGGAACGGGGGGCUCUGCAUGGAUGCCGGCAACACGCACCACUGCCGCUGCCAGGCGGGCUACACGGGCAGCUACUGCGAGGACCAGGUGGACGAGUGCUCCCCCAGCCCCUGCCAGAACGGCGCCACCUGCACCGACUACCCCGGUGGCUACUCCUGCGAGUGCGUGGCCGGGUACCACGGGGUGAACUGCUCCGCGGAGAUCAACGAGUGUCUGUCCCACCCGUGCCAGAACGGGGGCACCUGCAUCGACCUCAUCAACACCUACAAGUGCUCCUGUCCCCGGGGCACACAGGGGGUGCACUGUGAGGUCAACGUGGACGACUGCAGCCCCCUCGCCGACCCCGGCUCCCGGGGCCCCAAGUGCUUCAACAACGGCACCUGCGUGGACCAGGUGGGCGGCUACAGCUGCACCUGCCCGCCCGGCUUCGUCGGCGAGCGCUGUGAGGGGGACGUGAACGAGUGCCUGUCCAACCCCUGUGACGCCCGUGGCACCCAGAACUGUGUGCAGCGCGUCAACGACUUCUACUGCGAGUGCCGAGCGGGCCACACUGGACGCCGCUGCGAGUCUGUCAUCGAUGGCUGCAAGGGCAGGCCCUGCCAGAACGGGGGCACUUGCGCCGUGGCCUCCAACACUGCCCGCGGGUUCAUCUGCAAGUGCCCGGCGGGCUUCGAGGGCGCCACCUGUGAGAAUGACGCUCGCGCCUGCGGGAGCCUGCGCUGCCUCAAUGGCGGCACGUGCAUCUCGGGCCCGCGCAGCCCCACCUGCCUGUGCCUGGGCCCCUUCACGGGCCCCGAGUGCCAGUUCCCGGCCGGCAGCCCCUGCGUGGGCAGCAACCCGUGCUACAACCAGGGCAGCUGCGAGCCGGUGCCCGAGAGCCCCUUCUACCGCUGCCUGUGCCCCGCCAAGUUCAACGGGCUCCUGUGCCACAUCCUGGACUACAGCUUCGGGGGCGGCGUGGGCGUCGACAUCCCCCCGCCGCAGAUCGAGGAGGCGUGCGAGCUGCCCGAGUGCCGCGAGGAGGCCGGCAACAAGGUGUGCAGCCUGGGCUGCAACAGCCACGCGUGCGGCUGGGACGGCGGCGACUGCUCCCUCAACUUCGACGACCCCUGGCAGAACUGCUCGCAGUCGCUGCAGUGCUGGAAGUACUUCAGCGACGGCCGCUGCGACAGCCAGUGCAACUCCGCCGGGUGCCUGUUCGACGGCUUCGACUGCCAGCGCGCGGACGGCCAGUGCAAGUGAG